AUGUCGAAUGCGCCCCCGCCGGCGCUUUUACCUCCGCCCGAGGGUAUAUUCCGCUCCUUCGAAGAUCUUCUGAGCUCCGUCCAGCGCGUCGCCAAAGACCAGGGCUACGGUGUCGUCAAGCUCCGCGCCUCCAACUACCGCGAUGGCAAGCCCACUCGCUACGACUUGGUAUGCGACCGCGGCGGCGUCAAGUACAGCAGCACUGCAAAGAAGCGCAACCCCUCCACGCGCAAGGUCGACUGUCCCUGGCGCGCCAAGGCCGUCUGCGAAGUUCAACUCGGCAACCAGUGGCGUUUCGCCGUCCAGGAGGGUAGCCACAACCAUGAGCCUCGCGUCGCGACCGCCCCUCCCGGCCAGGAAAACACGCCGCUGGCCCAAUCCAUGCGGUCCUUUACUAACAAGAUCGACCGCAUGAGCCACGACAUGGCCCAGGGCUUCAUGCGGAUAGAGCAAGCCCUCGACCAGAUGAACAAGCGCUUGGAAAACCUCGAGAACCGCGCCGGAGGAUACGAGCCCCGCUUCCAGAACAUGGAGUCGCGACUACAAGGUGUGGAGGCCCGUGGCAGCAUGGAGCUCCCUAUGGAUGAUGUCGAUGCCCGACUUCUGUCAACCUCGGUCAUGUAG